UCUCUCGUCUGUCCUCUUUGCUCGAGGUCGUCUCGUUGGUUUCGUCCCCCUCAAAACUUUCACGGACGAAAGCGUCAUUGGUGAACGUGCGGGCCGUUCUCCAAUCGAGAUUCGAGAUUCACCAGGAAACCGGCUUCGUCGUCUCACCGUGCAUCCAACCACUAUACUAUACGAACUACGAAAAAAUCUCAUUAGUCUUCGCGGACAGUCUUAUACCGCGACAUCACACGGCGUGGUCUUCCCAAAAAAACAUCAAAAUUCCAAAAUCCGCUGAUAUUUUUAAUAUCGUGAUGUCUAGAGUCGAAACUUUAUAGGAUUCAUCAACAAGUGAAAGAAAUAAAGACCUGUUCACAAUCAUUUACAUAUUGUGAGUAGUGUGCGGUAUAUGACGGUCGGAAUGCGUAAGAAUGACAUUUCGUAUCUGCGCCCGGGAAAAAGGCGGAGAAAGCGCGAAGCGUUCGAUUGGCGCGGGUUAUUGAACAUUUCUCGAACCUAUGGAGCUUCCGAGUACACCAAGUUUGAUCUGAUUGAUUUUAAUCAAAGACUUCGGCCUACAUCAUCGAGUACCGAUGAAUCGGAACAGUCGACUGGAUUUUCAGAAUUCAAGGACAAAGCAGCCUUUGGAUAUGGAACGAGUAUUCCGCCCAAUAACAAUGAACCUGAUGACAGCAACAUGACUACAAAAAAAGUGAUCUUCUGCGUCCAUGGCAAACUCUCUGGAUGCUGCACUGUCAUUAAAGGUGGCACUGGCGAUGAAAAAGGAAUCAUCGACUACCAAAAUCCGACACUCAAUGAAGAUCAUUGCCAUAGAGAAAGAAAUGACGAUAUCGAUAAGAAAGCCCGUAAAAAGCUAUUAAUUGCAAGUGCACUAUGUGUACUUUUCAUGAUAGGGGAAAUCGUAGGUGGAAUCUGGUCGAAUAGUUUAGCAAUUGCCACGGAUGCAGCUCACCUGCUAACGGAUUUCGCAUCCUUUAUGAUAUCCCUUUUUUCGAUAUGGGUGGCAAGCAGACCAGCUACGAGAAAAAUGCCGUUUGGCUGGUAUCGAGCAGAGGUGAUAGGAGCAUUGACAUCCGUUUUGAUGAUAUGGGUCGUGACGGGAAUAUUAGUCUUCCUUGCAGUAGAGCGAAUUAUUAAUAAAGACUUUGAAUUAGAUUCCACUGCCAUGUUAAUCACUUCUGCAAUAGGUGUUGCGGUAAAUCUAGUAAUGGGUUUGACCCUCCAUCAACAUGGUCACGGUCACAGUCACGGGGGAGGACACACUCAUGACCACCACAAACACGAAAAAAAUAAACCAAGUGAAAAAUGUAAAGAAGAAGGCGUUGAAGAUAAAAACGAAGAGAAAAGAAAUAUCAAUGUUAGGGCUGCCUACGUUCAUGUGCUCGGUGAUUUUAUCCAGAGCGUGGGAGUAUUUAUAGCAGCUAUUGUGAUUUAUUUCAAGCCGGAAUGGAACAUAGUGGAUCCAAUUUGUACUUUCCUUUUCUCAAUUUUGGUGAUUCUGACAACUGUCGCAAUUAUCAAGGACGUCAUGAAUGUUUUGAUGGAAGGAAUCCCGAAAGGUUUAGAUUAUUCACAAGUGGAAAGUACAUUUAUGCAAAUUGAUGGAGUUGUCAAGGUCCAUAAUUUGAGAAUCUGGGCACUUUCGUUGGACAAAACAGCUCUCUCAGCUCAUCUUGCUAUUAGACCAGGUACUAGUCCUCAAAAUAUUUUGCGCACGGCAACGAGGAAUAUUCACGAUAUGUACAAUUUCUUCGAGAUGACUCUUCAGAUCGAAGAAUUUAAUGAAAAAAUGGAGAACUGUAAACAGUGCAAGUCACCUGCACAGUAAGAUGAUAGCCGUGUACAUAUAUAUUUUUUAUCACGAGAGUAUUUAAUGAGCGUGCAAUGAGAGCAAGGUGCUUAGAUUAAGUGCGAAACUCACAUUGAUUUUUUUUCCUAAUGUGCUUAUGGACUUUCGAUGGUUGAGCCAGAAAGAGAAAUUAAAAAGUAAUUAUCUAGAUGUUAGUGGUACAAUUUUCCAAGAUUAGACCAUCACAAUCGAAUAUCAAAUUCAAAAAAGAAUUCAAUUUUCGUUGCAGAAAGUUGGAUGUCUGAGAUUAGCGAAUAGAGAAUUUGAUAUUUUCGGAUUAAAAAUUUGUUAUCACAAGAAAAGAAGAGGCCUGAGUGUUAGAUUGAAUGAUAAUCAUAGAGAUGUGUUUAAUUUCUGAUAGGAUCUGAUGAAAUUGGAAACUCAAUUUUAUUAGCAAGGUGCCUUACAUAGAGCGAUCGCAAGAUAUUAAAGUAAGGAAAUCAGAAAAAAAGAGAAAAUGUGAAAAUAAAAAAUAGGGUUCAUUCUUUUGAUAAAUCACACUUUUAGUAGAUAUUAGUGCGAUAUAGUUUUUAUUUUUUGUCACUGCGUUAUAUUAGUCCUUAUGACUAGAAAAAUUUAGUUAUGUAAAUUAAAAGACUAAAUCGUGAGCAACUGAAUGUCAAUCAAUGGUUCGAUUCUUUAGAGAAAAGAAUUAAGACUCCUAUAUUUUUGUAAAAAUUAUUAUAGCGAAUAUAGGUAAAUAUACUUUUAGUAUCGUUGCUAUUCGGCAAUAAACUUAUCUUGUAUUUUCCCUCACUCGAUUUUCCUUAUCGCAAAUUUUCGAAGCUAUUUAUUUUCAAAGGAACAAAUAAAUGGAAUGACUUAUUGUUGAUUAUGGAAAAAA